GUCGCCCAUUCAGAUCCGCAGCGUUCAGCAGACCGUGAGUCCAGACAAUUUUCACUGGACCGCAGCGACCGCCAUGCUCGCAGAUGCAAUGACAAAGACGCUUCUUGAAACUGCGCGACAUGCUUCGCGAAUGGCUGAAGCAGCCUCGGGCACAGAUCUGCAAGGCGAGGAGAAUCCACUUGGUAUCUUUGAUGGCAAGGUACAAUGGGUCGGUGACAUGGAUGGCGAUGGGCGCCUAGAGCUCAUUGUUGCAGGGCGGGGGAGAGGUUCUCAUGGAGGCACAAGCACUCCUCUUCGAUUCUUUCGACGUGCUGCGGAUGAUAGCUUCGUGGAAGAGGAGGAGAAUCCUUUUGCCAAACAUGCUAUGACGACAGCUUAUGUAGAUAUACAUUGGUGCGUGCAUUUGGCUGACUGGAAUUCAGAUGGGCUGGUCGACUUGCUGGUCUCAUACGCGUACCUUGACGAUGAAGGAGCCUACAGCGAACCACUCUUGUGGAGAAUCAACUACUUUCAACAUGUUCUGGACCGAGGUAUGAAGUUGAUCAUGCACUUUGCCUUGAGUGCCCUUCUGGAACUGUUUCUGGCCCAGCCAGUCAGACUUGCAGCCAAUGUGACGCAGGCCGUGUUUCCAAAGGUUUUGUCGCAUGUGAGCCAUGCUCUGGUGGAACCUUUGCAACUGCUGGAAGCAGCGGAUGUCAGAGAUGCCCGGCGAAGCCAGCUCAAAAUGCAGUGCGUGCCCUUUGGGCACCAUUUCAGCGAAAAGAUCAAAGACACCGCUUUGGAGGCCGCAGACGAGACAAUCUAUUAUAUGUGGACUACGCCCUGGUGGAUCUACCCACCUUCGUAUCUGCGGGGCCGCCAGCGACGGCGGCAGCGAAAUGUCCACCGAAGUGUCUCCUUACAUGGCAAUCUGCAUAUGAUCUCACUGCUUAUGUGUGGAACUUGGGCUGCAAAGGUGCGCAACAAGCGUGUCCAUUCUAUGAAUGGCAAUGGAGGAGGGUCCAGGGCGACUCGCCGAAAGCGCUCUGAAAAGGAGCCUCAGUUUGGCAAUUUUGGCCCGGGCCUGAGUGAAGACAUUGUGUCACAAUUAGUGCAGCUGCUUACUUUGUUGCAGUCUCUCUUGUCGCAGUUUGCCUCGUGCAACAAGGGUGCCAGCAACAAUGUUAAUUUUGCCAGUCUGUUGUCAAGUUUUGUGCAGAAUAGCCUGUUUGGCAACAAACCAAAGUUGAAGAAAAAGCGGAAGAAGAAACCGGUGCGCACGAACAAGGCAAGUCAGCCAGUCGCUGCAAAGCCUAGUCAGCCCGCCACUGCGGGCAAGGAGGAACAGAAGCAAACCAAGCCUGUUGGCGCAAGCAAAGCAAACACUGCUAAGGAAACAUCGCCGCCAAUCCAUGCACCACGCACUUUUGCUGAUGUGGUUAAAGAUGCCAAGGGUGACCCUCCGUUCCAGCCUGUUUGGCAGCUGCGUGCUGCGGAUUGGGAUGGUGAAAUUUUGUCUUUUGAUGAAAUUGCGCAACGUUUGGGAUCCGAUGAGAAGCCCAUCAAAGCGGUAGCUUUGAUUUCCAGUGAAUGUGAGCUGGAAGAGUUGAAGACUUUGGUUGAAAGUGAGGCCCAGCCAGACCGCCAUGUCGGCGUCACUGCUGUGUUGCCCUCUACCAAGGGUGUUGACGUGCCCAAGUCUGCUGGCGAAUUUACGCAAGUUCCAGGGAAAACACGUGGCAAGCUCGUCCCUCGCAUGUCGCAUGUCUUUUCCAUUGGAGUCAGCUGCCCUAAGCUGAAGAAGCAAGUUCGCACUGUAGAGUCUGCACCUAGUGUUGCUCCGACAGUUGUUUUGAGGUUUUCUACAGAAGCCAAGUACCAUGAGGAUCCGCGCUGGCGUGGCAUUGUUGACAACGCCGGUGGGGCUGCCCACAAAUGGAUCCAUGCCAAUGUCCCGGCUGCGAUGCAGAGACAAAUCCGAGACAUCUGGAGUUGGCAAUUGCAGUCCUCCAAAGGGGGGGGCAAGGCUUUGAUCACUUCCCUCAUGAGAGUCGAGCUUUCUGCUGCCAAAACUCUUUUGAGUCUGUCCGGACAAGGAGCCUGGUUCAUUGAACCCUUGCGUUGGGAUCAGCCUGACAUCCCCACCUGCCAAGUGCGGUGGGAGAAGCGUCUGCCGGAUGAAUCUGGACAUGUUUAUGCCGCAAGAGUGUUAAGCAUGGCUGGCAACCUUAGCUUGGCCAGAGGCCUGAAGAAUCUCGGAGUCAGAGUCCCGCCAGCCAGCGACAAGAAGGUCGCUACGACCAAGGUCAAAACCUGGAAGGUCACUGGUGUUCCGAGAGAUUGGAGUCAGGCUGCUGGUUUGAGCAAUUUGCAACUCACUUCCAGGAAGCCACAUGGUCGAACGACGUGCCUUUUCUUCACUGCCGAGUGCGCGCAAGGGACUGACUUUGUUGAGCUGGUUUUUGGCAACAUCACAAUCACUGCUGCUGCUUUCAGCCCAAUGAAGAGAAUGCGUAGUGAGACCCAGCAGCUCAAGACUGUUUCGUCGCUGUCCUUCUCGCCUGCCUUUGGUCAGACCCGUGGAUCUGCUGAGGUUCAGCCAGCUCAGCGAUCUUCGUUUUAUGCUGCUUCCCCUGUUAAGGUGAAGCCCAAAGCUGCUGCAGGGCAUUCGCAGGACACCGCUUCCGCUGAAGCCACUGAGAAGCAACCGCCUGUGGCAGUUGAAGCUUCUCAGCCAAGUGAGGUAAAGGAUGUGGAAAUGACGUCGCCAGCCAAAGCAGCCACCAAGCGAAUGGGUGGCUCGCCUGAGAAGGCUGCCAAGCCGCCGCCUAAGAAAAGGGCGGUUGUGAGAGAUGCGCCAAAGGGCCUGACCCGGGUGCCCAACUCAGCGCAAGGUAAUUGCCUUUUCGAGUCCAUUGCGCAAGGUCUGAACCCUGACAAUCCAAAGCAUGCGCGUGCUAUUCGCGCUGCUGUGAUUGCUCAUUUGAAGCGCCAUGCCGACCGAUACCAACCUUGGUGGGACAAUUUGAGGCCGGAUGAAGAAAUCUGUGAUUCCUGGGAAGAGUACCUUCGCUUAGUCAGCAAGGCUGGAGCGUAUGCAGGCUGUCUCGAGAUUGCUGCUGCUGCAGCGCACUUCGACCGAACAAUCUUUGUUUUCUGUCCUUUUCUCGCCGAACCUGAGGCUUACAAUCAGUCUAGCAAAAAGGGAUGCAUUUGUCUUUGGUUCCAGGACCAGCAUUACGAGUACCUCAAAGGAGAUUUGAAUCCUGAGCUGGGCAGUCAGUGUCUGGCGCCGCCCGGAUUUCUGCGUUGCCACCGGAGAGGGCAUCCCAGUCGCGUGGCUCUGCAAGCCAGGAGCCAACGCGUGUGUCAGCCUUGCCUUCGUUGCCGCAUGAUAGACAUGCUCAGAAGCGAUCUAGUGCCGCUGCUGGUCUUACCAGCAAUAGCGUGCCUGAAAGUGCCUUUGGCGAGUACUCCUAAUGAGGUCAAGAAUUUGGAUGCGCUCCGCAAGAUGCGCUUGGCGCACGCCAAAGAGGUGCACCCCAGAGCCGCCACGAAGAGGUUUUUGAUCAAGCGAGGAAGCGCCAAGAGUGCGCAAAGGGCAACGUCAGCCAAGACUUCAGCUGGCAACGCCAAGAAAUUGCUUGACUUGAAGUGUGGUAAGCAAGGGCUUCAUGACUGCGAAAUUUUGCAGUUGCCUUACACGGGUCAGGGGAAAAAGCGCAGACGGUUUUUGAACAAAAUCUUCUGCAAGAAGUGUACUGCUUUGUCGCCCAGUGCUGAGGCCAUGUCAAAGCUCCCUUGCGAGAAAGCCAGCAAAGGAGGUCCAAAACGGGCUAUGCUCAUAGCUCGUUUGAAGAAGUGUGCUCUGGUGGUUGGCACCUUGAAUGUUCGCACCCUCAAAGGAAAGAUGGCUCAAGUGUUAACUUUAGCUCGUGAGAACUUGUUAGAUAUCUUGUGCUUGCAAGAGGUCCGUUUGUCCGAGGAUAACAUGCUGUCAGCCCACCAUGCUGCCAAGCAGCAAGGCUGGACCUUUUUGCCCGGCCCUUGCGCGCAAGACUCGCAGGGGGCACCAACUGCCGGCGUUGCUGUUUUGAGCCGGUGGCCCGUCGAGAAGAAAGCUUUGCCUUCCCAAAUUGAUCCAGAACUGCAGUGCCACAGUGGCCGUUGGCAAGUACUGCAAGUGCAUAGGGGAGGGCGGCUCCAUUUGGCAGAUGAAAUUGCGGGGCCAUUGCAGCUCCAGGUGCCUCGGGCUCCUGUCAAGCCCGACACUUUGCAGACCACCCUUGAGCGUAGACUGCGAAGAACUUAUAGGUUUGCUAGAAUUUUCCCUGAGCUCACCGAGUUCGAUGUUUUGUCUCCUCGCCUUCCGGAUAUCCUUCUGCAAUGCAUUCAGCGUGAGAGUGAUGCUUCGUCAGAAAGAAGGUUAGCUAGGUGGCAAACCGACAUGAAUGAGAAUGAGCACGCCCUUAUUCGUUGGGUCAAGGGCGCGGAUAAGCUCAUUGCCCCGUCAGGCCUUGACUCUGUUCCAGUGCAUCCGCAGCUCAAAGCUGAGCUUUUUGGUCGUGAAUGGCAGGCCAUUUGGUGCCUGCAUAGCAAUGUUGAGCCUGAACGGGUUCUGCCUUUUCUUUCUUGGAUACGUGCUGACGAGUAUUUUUGUCCGGAGCCUGUUUUCACUGAUACUAGCUUUGUGAGACUCACCAAACAAGCUUCUGGAAAAGCGGCCGGACCAGACGGUUGGAAAGCGGACCAGUGGCUUUUGUUGCCCGAAGGGUUUUAUUCUGCAUUCUCCGCCUUGUGGCGUAGAAUUUUGGACAUUGGGAUUCUGCCUUCUCAAUGGGCGCAAGUGCGUUGUGUCCUUAUCCCUAAGGAUGUCGGUUUCAGACCUAUUAGCAUCGCUUGCCUUGCUUGGCGCCUUGGCAUUAGUUGCAUUUUGCACCAGUUGUCCCCUUGGAUUGACCAAUGGGCGCCGCCGGAGUUAGUCGGUGGUUUGAAGGCGAGAAGUUCCACCAUCGUACAUGAUGACCUUCAUGAAGCUUUGCAGGAGAGCACUCUUUUUGGGGCAAAGAUCGACGUGGCCAAAUGCUUUGAUCAUGUGAAUAUCGAGCAAGCUUUCAUUGUUUGGGAGAAAUUUGGCGCUCCUGCCAAAGUUGUGAACAUUUUGAAAUGCUUUUAUCGCAUGCAAGUCAAAAGUUUCGAAUGGCAAGGUUUUUGCAGCCGUGAACGCAUUCGAUGCACCCGUGGCAUUUUGCAAGGAUGUCCAAGCGCCUUCGAAUGGCCACUCACAGGUGCUUGGACCACCAUUCCCAAGAAACUCUUGCAAAAAUGGAGAUAUGCUGUUGAGACAACCAUGUUGGGUUAUCCUCAAUCUGGGAGAUCCAGAUAUUUGAUGUGGGCUUGCUUCCUGACGCCCGAGCUUGACCCAGAAUUCGCCUUGGAUUCCAGAGUUGUGUUUCACGAGUUGUGGAGACUUCGACGUGAAGCUGCUGCAUGCCAAAGUGUGACUGACAUUUCCAGGUUGCAGUUCACUGAGGUUGAGCCGUGUGAACGCAGCAGCCGCCUAAUUGAAGUCCUGCAAAAGUGGGGUUGGGAGCGCUUGAGCAAAAGUCGUUUCCGUACUCCUUCAGGUGUGCUUGAUUUGCUUUCCCAUGGUGAGACUAGUGUCACAGCCGCUAUGAAAGCCGCCUGGAAACGGCAGUUGUGGCUUAGCGAGCCGCGUGCGGCGGAAGUUGCCGACUUAAACGUGGAACCUGUCAUUGCUGUGCAUGUGGCUUGCAUGAAGCAGGGUCAAAAGCAAGAUCCCUUGUCGUUUUCCAUUGCUUGUGCUGCAGGGCCAGCCAGUCGCAAGCUGGCCAAGAGAUUUGACUUGAAUCACGUGUCUUGUGUGUGUGGUGCAGAUUGGCCUUCAUGCUGGCAUGUCACUUGGCAUUGCCCUGAUACCAACUUGCCUGAACACACUCCUGCACCUGCUAAUGGUGUCGAAGAGAGGUUGUUGGCGCGUAGCAUAGCUCCGCCGCCGCAGCCGCCUGAUCUCUUGCCGGAUGACGUGCGCCCUCCUGUUGAAAUUUGCUCCGCUUUCAUUUCGCAGAUGGCGCUCUUUGAUGGAAUGAUUUUGGUCGCUACUGAUGGUAGCUGCAAAACUCGCCACUCGCAGAAGCGGGCGGCUUGGGGUAUCGCGACUGAAAGUCAGGUUUUUGCUUUUCCGAUGAAAGGUUGCGACCAGAAUAUCUUUGCUGCUGAAACCUGGGCCGUGUUUCAAGCUUUGCGCGCAGCACAUCUCACUGGUGUGAGAGUGCGUGUUCUAUGUGACUCACAAGCCGUUGUCUUCGCUGCUGCGAGGGUGCGGCGUGGUGGAUCUUUGCCACGUUGGGCAUCUGGCAUGUGGCGCGCCAUUGCUUUGCUCAGUCCUGAAAGUGUAGUUUCAUGGGUGCCGGCCCACGGCCGCUCCAAAGAUUGGACACCGCCAGAUGGGUUCCUAGCUGAUGUACGAGAUGCCGAGAACAAUCUCAGCAUGGCAGUUUGUAACUUUGUGAAGCGCUUGCAGGUGGUUGAAGGAGAGCCAUUGAAAGAGCAGCUGAUGAGGUUGAGGGCGGAGAGUUUGAAGAGGCUGCAGAAGCUAGCAGCCUACAGGGCAAGGCAUGGCGUCGAGAAUGAAUCAAGUGAUGGCCAUGGAAGUAGGUGA